GAAGUCUAACACGUGUGACGUAUGUACGGUGAACGGGCCAUUAGAACAAAUUGACCAAUUAAGAAUUCCACCACAGGCAGUUUUCACCUAGCUAGCAGCCAGCGGCCACAUGAACUGAAAAAGAUGUCCCCGUGAUAGCUCCAUGGACUAAGAAAACAUCGGUGAAUGACAGUAAGGUGAAAGUAUCCUAGCUGUGAAUAGUGAAACAUCAGGCCUGUAGACCACCUACCUUGGACACAAUGAAUGAGAUCGCCAAGAAUGUGCAAACAUUCCUGGAGACAUUACAGAAUGCUGGUGGGGAGCAGGUUAAGCAGUGGAAUGCAGAGGCAUUGCAGAGAGCCAUCCAGUGGGCCAAGUAUUUUGAACAGGUUCACAAGAAGCUUGCAAACAAACCCCAAAACAUCCAGCAACUCAACCGAGUACUGCACCUGAUUGGUCAUCUGCCCAGAGCAGCUGUCAGCCAAUCAGAAGUUACCUUUGAAAGUCUGGGCCAGUCAGUGAGGUUGUUACUUCGGGCAUUACUGCAGAACCCUCAUCUGGGCCAGGAUCUUCACCGAGAGGUUAUCAAUCAAUACAUUCUGUUGGACCAAGAUGUGAUGCCUGAUGGCAGCUGUGCGAGCAAUUCCAUACUUAAAGAGGAGAAUGCAGCAAGCCAGAGGAGCCAGAUCUUCAUGCAGGAUGUCUCCAGAUUUGCCAAGGCCAAAGCAAUGCGGAUGCACCUGCUUGAGAUGAGAUCCAGGCUAUCCAGUUCCCUGAAAGAGGACCUGAAUAUCGAAGGAAAAUCUGUUCAUCAAGUUGCCAUGGAAACAGAUGCCACUGUGCUUCAAGAUCACCUGAUGCAUCACCUGACUGGCAGCCAAUCACCUCAGAAAACUGAAAACUACCUAAACCAGCGUUUGCACUCUGUUGUCAAACUACCAAAUGGACUUGAGACUAUUGAGACCAUCCUUACUUUGCCUGGAGAUGAAAAUGAAGCAGCGUCAUUCAAAAAAUGCCAACAGUUUGUGUCACUGUGGAUAUCCAAGAACAGACAGCAGUAUACCAAUCAUGGAAAUAUGGACACAGGGUAAUUGGUACAUGUGGUGAGGUGCCUACUGGAGAGAUGGGCCAUAGAAGAGAAGCAGAUUUUUUGAAUGAUUCCUCAGAAAAGUAUUGAGUAGGUCUAAUCAAAUUCAGACUUCCAACUGCCAUGUUCAGGAGGAGGGGCUUGGAGUAAUGAAAAUGGCAUGCCAGCUUCAUAAGGUAUUUGGUUUUGUUCAAGUUGUAAGUGCUUAGGUCAGCAUAAUUGGUGAUGCUUGUCAACCACUUCCAGCCAAACAUAUAGUUAACUGCAAAUUCCUUGCAGAACCCAAUUGACAACCACAUCAAGAACAAACAGCUUAAAAAAAGAAAUUAAAUUGCAAUUUUUAUGGUAGUUCAGAGUUGAGUUCAUAUUUUAAAACUGUCAACCAAGACUAAUGGUUUUGAAAAGCUUUGUCUCUUAAUGAGCAGUUAUGUACUGAUUAGAGUAACCGAUAUUUGAGUUUUGUAAAAACAAACUCGAUUUAUUUCUACAACAUCAAUGGUAAAGUUUAAAAGUGAAUGCAAGUAAAAUCUUUAUGUGUAAAUGAAAAUACAACACUGGCCUUUUAAACUUUUACAGUGCUAUCUUUCUUUUCGCUAAAAGAAUGUGAAAAUGUCAUGAAUUAGAGUAUGAAUUUUGAACAGAUGAUUUGUUCUUUUUAAUUGAAGCUUAAGUGUAACUUUUUGUUGAAAACAAUACAAUCUAUCAGUAUUUUAAGAUACUCAGACUCUUAACUUCAGCUACCAAAAUAUGUACAUUUUUAUGCAAAUAUCAAUAAAUUGUUGAAAAAUA